UAUCGUAUCACCCACAAUCGCUUUUCCAAAUAGAGGAGCGUAGCUGGAAGCGAGAGAGAGAUAUCCGAGAGUGGAGUGCGACCCGAGCGAGCGAUCUGCGAUUUAGGGUUUUGGUAUUCCGAACAAAACUAUAUAAUCAAGGUCAGGUUAGCGUGCAUCAAUCCGGUAAUCGAUCGUUUAAUUAUUCAAUUCUAGGAUUCGUGUGUGAGAGAUUAUUUGAGAGAGUGGAGUUUGGUGAGUGUCUUGUGUGUGAUAUUCUCCCUGUAAACCCUAAUUUCUGGUUCUGCCAUUAUGUCUGAGAAGAAGCUUGUGGUGUUGGGCAUCCCAUGGGAUGUUGAUACCGAUGGCUUGAAAGAUUACAUGAGGAAAUUUGGGGAAUUGGAGGACUGUAUUGUUAUGAAGGAGCGUUCAAGUGGCCGAUCUCGUGGUUUUGGAUAUGUAACCUUCGCAGAAGUUGAAGAUGCUAAGGCUGCACUUUCAGCCGAGCACUUCCUCGGGAACAGAGCAUUGGAAGUAAAAAUAGCAACACCAAAGGAAGAGAUGAGAUCAUCUUCAAAGAAAAUUACCCGUAUUUUUGUUGCUAGAAUCCCGCUCUCAGUCACAGAAGCCGCGUUUAGGAGCCAUUUUGAGAAAUAUGGUGAGAUAUUGGAUUUGUACAUGCCCAAGGAUCCAAGUACCAAGGGCCAUCGUGGAAUUGGUUUUAUAACUUUUGCAAAUGCUGAUUCUGUCGAUGAUCUCAUGUCUGAAACCCAUGAACUUGGAGGUUCAGAUGUGGUGGUUGACAGAGCAACACCUAAGGAAGACAAUUUCCGACCAGUUAGCCGCAUGCCGCCACCGCCGCCUCCGAGUGGCGGAUAUGGUGCUUAUAAUGCUUAUGUUACAACUAGAUAUGCUGCACUGGGUGCUCCUACAGCAUAUGAUUAUCCAAGCUCUGUCUAUGGAAGAGGAGAAUCUGCUAGGGGAAUGGGCAAAAAGAUUUUUAUAGGACGGCUUCCUCAAGAAGCAAGUGUGGAAGAUUUGCGCUUGUAUUUUGGUAGGUUUGGACGUAUUUUGGAUGUGUAUAUCCCAAAGGACCCUAAGAGAUCUGGUCACAGGGGGUUUGGUUUUGUGACCUUUGCUGAGGAUGGUGUUGCAGAUCGUGUUUCACGAAGGUCACACGAGAUUUGUGGACAACAGGUAGCAAUAGAUUCAGCUACACCUGUUGAUGACGGUGGUUCAAGCGGAGGCAGCAGCCACUAUUUGGACAACCCACCUGAACCAGCGUACGGAGGCUAUGGCCCCAUGCGAGCUUACGGCAGAAUGUAUGGAAGCUUGGAUUUUGAUGAUUGGGGUUAUGGUGGCAUGAGCGGAAGCAUGGGGCGUGUGGGAGGAUUGGGACGGAUGGGCGGCCUAGGUGGAGGUAUGGGCGGUCUAGGUGGCGGCAUGGGCAGCCUAGGUGGAAGCAUGGGUGGGGGGAGACCUUCACGAACGGAUUACAGGUAUAGGCCGUAUUAGAGUCUGGAGGUGUCCACCAAAGUGGAGGAUUUGUGUUGAAUCUGUUGCUUAAGACUAUCUGUACUUGCUGAUUUCUGGAUGUUGACAAAUAUAAUGACGAUGUCUAUUUAUAUAUUGGACUUUGAAUGAUGAUGUCUAUUUAACCUUC